GCCGCCAGCGGUCAGGUCCCGGGCCGGCUGCCAGCCACAGGCCCAAGUAAACGCUGAAUGAAGGGCAGAUGGAGGAACCUGUCCCGGUCGGCCGAAGCGCCGCGGGCGCCUUUCCACUUACGGCGGGCCUGCCCAGCCUCCCGCCCAGCCCGGGCCCGGGUCCCGCCGAGGCAGGUGUGCGUGGCGGACUAGCUCUCGGGCACUCGGCUGGCCCAGCUCCACCCCGAACGCUACCGGGCCAGGCCACGCGCAGACCCGAGCCCGGGGCCCCCGCCUCUGGCUGCCGGCCCGCGCCCGCCGCGCGCCCCGCGUUCACUGCGCGCUCGGCCCCGGUCCCGCCUCCCGGAGGGUUUCGCUUUCGCUUUUCUGCCGAUGUCGUUGAGGAAAAUGAAAGCGGUCGUGGCCAGGACUGGCGCAGCUGCCGUUUCAGGCGAGGGGCGCAGAAUACAGCGGCCACCAGCCUGGAGCGCGGGCCCUGGGGCCGCAGCCCGCGCCGGGCGAGGUGGCAGCACACCCUGGGCCCCCCACUCCCUGCCGCAAGUCCUGAGGAUGGCCAGCAGAGAAACAAGAAAAUGGACUCCCUGGCUGCUGGAGAGUUGAAUGCCAGCCACCAGCCAUGGGUGCCAGAGUUUGUAGCCUAUUGGAGGAAAACACACCAAGAGGUACUUUAGGAGGGGCCCUGGCUCUCGAUUAAUCUGGGCCAUUUCAUACCGGCUGUGCUCACCCAGGCACAAACACUGAAAGCAACAGCUGGCAAAGCCAUCGCUUGGUAGCAGCUUGGAAGACACCACCAAAGAAGCUCUCAUGGAAGCGGCAGAUUUGCUGAAGCGACUGGAAUGCGGGGAAGGAGGGCAGUCGGGGAGAGCCGAGAACCAGCCCCCCUGCCAACUCCACCCCAUUUCUCUCCUCACCUGAAAUGUCUCAUCCUUAGGAACAGCUGCCCUAACCCCCUAAUCCCACACACUCCUUUGUAGGUUAAGACCCCUGAAGUUGCACCCUCUCGUAGGAACUAUGUUUUUCAGAGAUCCAUGUGAUUAUUUGCCUAAUGCCUGCCUCCCUCAGGGAAGUAAAGUCUGACGCGUGGACCUGGUCUGUGUUGUUCACUGUGCGUCCACAGUGCCUGGGUAGUGCCUGGCAUGCAGGAAGUACACACAAAAAAUAUGUGUUCAUGAGUGAGGGCAGGCUUGAAGAGCCCAAGAGAAGGACAGUGCUCCAGUGAGGAGUCUGCAUCAGGCUCCCCAGUGUCUGGACUGCAUCCCAGCCCCUCCGAGCAACUUCAGGGGAGGAUUCUGUGAACAGAUGCCCCAGCUCUUCUGCCCACAGCUCCUACCCCCAGCCUGAGGAAUGCUUUGACUGUCCCCAGUGUGCGCAGGCAGUGGGGAGGUGAUGGGGGAGGUGUCCCACAUGGCACACUCUCCCUAGCCCUUGCUUUGCCCCCCUUACCUACAUAGAUGGGCUUCACAGCCUCUUCCAGAUAGGCAGGGCACUGAGCUCCGUGGGCCACACCUAAAAAGAAAGGGAGACAAGCUGGCGCUGGGGGCAUGACAGUGUUUUUGUUUGUUUGUUUGUUUGUUUUUUGAGAUGGAGCUUCACUCUUGUUGCCCAGGCUGGAGUGCAAUGGCGCGAUCUCGGCUCAUCGCAACCUCUGCCUCCUGGGUUCAAGUAAUUCUCCUGCCUCAGCCUCCUGAGUAGCUGGGAUUGCAGGCAUGCACCAUCAUACCCAGCCAAUUUUUGUGUUUUUAGUAGAGACGGGGUUUCUCCAUGUUGGUCAGGCUAGUCUCGAACUCCCAAUCUCAGGUGAUCCACCCACCUCAGCCUCCCAAAGUGCUGGGAUUACAGGCAUGAGCCACCGUGCCGGGCUGACAGUGGUUUUUAAAGGGGGAGGGCAGAUGAAGGACGUUGGUGGACCAUCCUCUGGGAGGAGAUGUGGACUGAGGAAGCAACGCUGACCUCAGGCCCCACACCACCCUUUCACCUCAGCCUCACUUUCUCAUCAGUAAAUGGAACUCGUUCUUGUGUAUGUGCCAUGGAGGCAAUGUAGCAGAAGAGAAUAGGGCAGACUUUGGAACUCAGCCAUCUGGGAGAAAAUCCUAGUUAUGUGAUGACCUUGAGCCAAUGACUGAAUUUCUCUGUCUCGUUUUCUCUUCUGUAAAAUGGGGACAAUUACAGUGAAUUCAUUCAUGUCCCUGACACAUGGUGUGAGCUCAGUCAUUACCUUUGCCAGGGUUGCAAGGAUGUAAUGAGAUGACCGAUGUGAGCACAGCUCCCAGACCCGAAGGUGCUGUAUGAAUGGGAGGGAGCAGUGAGUGUUAUUUGGGAAAUAUUGAAGACAUAACUUCCCUCCCACAUUUGUCUGGGGUGGAGCAACAGUUUUACUUAUUUAAUGAUAAGCUGGAAGAUGCACCAAAGGGAGGUGAAAAACUGAAACCACCAACCGUUUGAGCUCCAGGCUGCACCGAAGCGGUGUGGCUGGUGCAGAUGGUGAGAGCCCCAGUGCCGGCCCACUUCCUCCAUGAGUGCCACGCGCCUUCCUCAAGCUAGCCGGCUUCCCAAGGCUGCAGGAAGUGGGGCCAGGAACAGGCCCUCCGGCUGUGUUGGGGGAGGCCUGGGCAGGGGUUGGCAGCUGCUGGGUGUGAACGGAAGUCUUGGAGGUCCUUGAAGGUCCUGGGGCCGCCUGCACAGCAGCCCCUGCCCUCUCCCUGUCCAGGCCUGCCCAGGACUAGCUUGUAGCAGACUCUUCUUGUAGCCUAGGCUCUUGCCUCUUGCAGUAGUGAGCCAUUGUACAAAAGACAUCCAGCGGAGGGAGGCAGGCUGGAGAGGAGGACAGCCGAAUCUUUUCUCAAAGGAAAUGCAGUUGUGGUUUUGAGAUGUUCAUAUUUCACAUCUGUGGUUGGCGUUUCCCAGGGUUCUCAGAGGUGAAUGCAGGGUCAGCCCUGUGUCACCAAAUAAGGCUCACAGUGACCUUAGCAACAAGCUUUGCUGCCCAUUGGCUGUCACUGCUGCCGCCUGCCAAUGCGGCCUCCUGAAGGCCAGCACUGAUGCUGAGCUAAAACUUCUGCAUGUGCCAAGGUCCAGCUGCCUCUGUCAGAAAUCACCGUCCUUGGAAGCAGCCACAGAUAGGUAGAGAGCUCCGGACAAAGGUGGACAAGGUCAGUGGGAGGACUGUCCAGGUGUCCAUGUUUCAGAGUCCACCUGGCCAGCAUUCCAUUCUCACAUAGCACCAAACCAGCACCUUGGUGGCCUGGUCCCAGCUUGCCAGGACAACCCCCCAUUCCACCCUGUCAACCUUGAACUCUAUAAUGGUCAUCAUUUCAUAGCUCUGCUCAUUUUAGUUCCACUGGGUUCUCCCUUGUGCUUGGCACUUGACUAAGCUCCUUCUACACAUUACGUCUUUUACCUCUCUCAACAACCCUGUGAGCCAAUUAGCCCCAUUUUACAGGUGCAGAAACUGACGCCAAAGGAAGUCAGUAAUGGCCCAGGUGACUGCACCACUAGUAAGUGGGGAAGUCAGAAUUUAAACCCAAUUUAAACAGGCCUAGAUCCCAUGCUAUUAACCAUUGCACUGUAUUGACAGACACUCAAUGUCCGUGCAGCUCAGUGUCUUCAUUCUGUGACAUGGGGAUGACAGUACCGUACCUCACAGGGUUGGGGUGAGCAUUGUGUGGAGUGACUUAUGUCCAGAAGCACACCUUUGCACCAGUGGCCUUGGCACCCCCAAGGCAUGCUCCACAAACAGCUUGCACAUUCCUUUCUCACAGCGUGUGCUGCUGAAACAUUGAGGUUUGUGGACCGGACUUCUCUGUAGCCCUUGUAUUUGGUUUUCACUUCCUCUUUCUUGACCUCCCCCCACCCCCCACCCAACUGCAAGGUAGGGAGGCUACUGAGGGGCCAGCCUGUGGGUUCCAGAGGGCACAGGGCUAUCUGGGAUGGAGGGGACAGUGUUCUGAAGACGGAAGGUGGGAAGGUCACACUGUAGGGGCAGACAUACCCCAUUUCUUCUACCUAAACAACUGGGUAUAAUACCACUGUUUCCCUGAGAAACACUUUCAGGAUUAAAAAGUAUAUAAGUAAAGAAAAUAAAGCAUAUAGGUGAUCUGGUAAAGAUGAAAACAUGGCUGAUCUGAAGGUAGUGAAUUAUCUCAAUUGACUUCACAGUCAGUUACAGAUCGAACUCCUUGUUCUACUCUUUUCCCCCUUCUCACUACUGCCCUUGACUAGUCUUUUUUUGUUGUUGUUUUUUGUUUUUUUUUGAGAUGGAGUCUCGCUCUGUCACCCAGGCUGGAGUGCAGUGGCGUGAUCUCAGCUCACUGCAAGCUCUGCCUCCCGGGUUCACGCCAUUCUCUUGCCUCAGCCUCCUGAGUAGCUGGGACUACAGGUGCCUGCCACCACACCUGGCUAAUUUUUUGUAUUUUUAGUAGAGAUGGGGUUUCACCGUGUUAGCCAGGAUGGUUUCAGUCUCCCGACCUCGUGAUCCACCAGCCUCGGCCUCCCAAAGUGCUGGGAUUACAGGUGUGAGCCACCGCGCCCAGCGACUAGUCUUUAAAAAAAUGAAUAAUAUAAAUUUUUUUAAAAGAUGAAAACAUAUAUAUACCCUGUAACCCAAGAGUCCCACUCCUCAGAAUCUUCUCUAACCACACUCUUACCCAUGUGCACCAGAAUACCCACACAGCACCAGAAAAUGUCCAAAUGACCAUCAACAGUGGAGAGUACAAAUAAAUUGUGCAGUGUUCCUGGAGUGAAAUGAACUACAGCGACUUGCAAUAACUGUAAUAUUGUCAUAUUGGAUAAUAAUACUGUAAUAACAAAUGACUCAUCAAUGAAUAAAACCUACAAAAGAAUGCAUACAGUAUAAUUCCUUUUAGCAAAAAUCUAACAGCUGGCAAAACUGUAUUGUUAAGGAUACAUGCAGAGGAGGUCAAACUACAAAAAGCACAGAAUUAUUACAAAUGUCUAUUUACUUAUGCAGAAGGGAGGGUUGGGGUUGUGAUUAGUAGGGGAACACGUAGGUGCUUUGGGGGUGCUAGUAUUGUUUUCUCUCUUUAACUUUGGGAGAUUACCCUGGAUUAUUGGGUAGAAACUGGGGUGGGUGAGCCCAAUGUAAUCACAAGCAUUCUUAAAUGGAGAAGAGAGAGGCAGAAGGGUCAGAAGCAGAAGCAGAGAGAUUGCAAUAUAUGAAAGACCUGGCCAGCUAGUGCUGGCUUUGAAGGUGGAGGAAGGGGACGCAGGCCAAGGAAUGCAGGCAGCCUCUAAAAGCUGGAAAGGGGAAGAAAGGAAAGAGAUUCUCUACUAGAGCCCCAGGAAGGAAUGCAGCCCUGCUGACAUCUUCAGUUUAGCCCAGUGAGACCUGUUUUGGACUUCUGACCUACGGAACUAUAAGAAAAGAAAUUUGUGUUGUUUUAAGCCCCUAAGUUUAUGUUAAUUUAUUAGAGCAGCAACAGGAAGCUGAUCCACUGGGAAACCAUCUGGGAUAUGCAG